AUGGCGCCGUCGGGUUCGCGCAGCGUCAAACGGAGCUGUCAGAGAGUUCUGUAUUGGAUUCCCGUCCUGUUUAUUUGCUUAAUUGUGGCAUGGUCCUACUACGCCUAUGUUGCCAUGCUCUGUAUAGAAUCUAUUGAAAACAUUGGAGAAAAAAUUGUAUAUCUCUUGGUUUAUCAUGUGUUUUUCAUCAUGUUCGUGUGGGCGUAUUGGCAAACAGUCUUCACCAAGCCCAUGACUCCUCUGAAAGAGUUCCACCUGUCAUACUCUGACAAAGAACUGCUGGAGCGGGAAGAUCGAGGCGAAUCUCAGCAGGAGAUUCUACGCCGGAUAGCCAAGGAUUUACCAAUCUAUACUCGCACAAUGUCUGGAGCCAUUCGGUUCUGUGAUCACUGCCAGCUGGUGAAGCCAGAUCGAUGUCAUCAUUGCUCAGUGUGUGACAAGUGCAUUCUGAAGAUGGAUCACCACUGUCCAUGGGUGAAUAACUGUGUGGGCUUCUCCAACUACAAGUUUUUUAUGCUUUUUCUAGCAUAUUCUUUACUGUACUGCCUGUUCAUCACUGCCACAGAUUUGCAGUAUUUCAUCAAAUUUUGGACUAACGGUCUGCCCGACACCCAAGCCAAGUUCCACAUCAUGUUCCUGUUCUUCGCUGCCUCCAUGUUUUCAGUGAGCCUCGCCUCACUGUUUGCCUACCACUGCUGGCUAGUCUGCAAAAACAGAUCAACCCUCGAGGCUUUCCGUGCCCCGGCUUUCCGUCACGGCACUGACAAGAGCGGCUUCAGCUUGGGCCUCAGCAAGAACUUCCGCCAAGUGUUUGGUGACGAGAAGAGAUACUGGCUUCUCCCAGUGUUCUCCAGUUUGGGUGACGGCUGCUCCUUCCCCACCUGUCUAGUGAACCAAGAUCCGGAGCAGCCUUCCUCUCCAUCCGGACACAACCCAUCUGUCAAAAGUGGUGGAGAGAUACACCCGUUCCCUGCCAAACCUCUGAGGGAGUCCCAGAGCCGACUGCUCAACAGUGGACAGUCCUGGAGCGAGAGUGAGGGAACCAUGGACAGAGAAAAAGAGGGUACAAGUAACCUAGCUAUGACCAUAGAAAAUGAAACAUAA